UCUUCUAACAGGAAAAUUCAUUUGUUCUGUUUUGAAAUUGACACUUUGUUAAUAUUAUCUGUUGCUACAGUUUCAAGAGUUAAGGUCUUCGCGUCACAUGAUAUUUAUCCGAGGAACUGAGAUAAAUGUUUGCAGGAGAUAAGAUAAGAGACGAAAUGCAAUGAAUCUGAACGUACUUGUUACAAACUUGGAAGUACGUCAGUGUACAACAUUUUUGUUAAUCAGUAAGGCAACAAGCGGAAGAACCAAGUGUUUUACUUCUGGAAAAGACAGCUUUCUUGAAACAACUAUGGUGACUCCCAUCGACAACCUAAGCAGCCAGGCCAUCCUGAUACCCGAAGGCGGAUCAAACUUCUCCAACGCUCCUCCUAGACAUCAGUUAAAACGGAAUACGAAGCUCUCUGUGCUGUUUAAAUUCAUUCAACUGCUGAUCGCCGUGGCCUGCCUUGUGCUAUUCUCCUCCGGAGGACAGCUGUUCACGGACGCCACGAGGACCGCCGUCACGUACGGAACCUACGGCGCCUACGUCCUUAUCCCGAUGUUCUUAAUUGCGGGCUUCGUCAUCGGGGAGGAGACCCCAAUAUUAUUGGUUGGAUACAAUUUGUUUGGCGCAGUCCUCUUCGCCUUUGUAGGUUUUAUUGGGGUGGAUUCAUGGUGGAGCGUGCGGAUGGACUUGCAACAUGUCUCCAUAGCGAAUCUCUCCGUAAUCGAACAUUUGAACGACGUGAAACUGCUCUCAGCCAUUUUGUCUGUCAUCAACGCCGUCUUCUAUGCAGCUGAUACUAUCAUCGAGGGAGUCAUCCUCCAUGACUUUUAUAGGAGAGUUUAGGACAUCCAUCACCGUGUUUAUAGCUAACACAGUCGGUAAAAGUUCUGUUUUUUUUUCCGAAGUCGGACCCAAAUAGAACUUAACUACAUGUAUUUAUAAUCACUUUAUCUAAUGUGAUUAUUGUAUUUAAUUCUUACGAGAAAUAAUUACGAUUAAUAAGUGUAAAAUCUUAUAGGCUUUGUUAACAGAUUCGUAUUCUUGGCAGUUCUGGACUGUCUGUGUGUUAAGACAGUGUUUUGUUCAGUUACUGAACAGUUGAAAUGACUUCCCAUAAACAAAUUACAUUUACGAACAAUUAGAAUUCUUAGUCAAAUACGACUCCAUCUAUCUAGAGCUCAGCACUCUAACCCACGAGCUAAACUUCAUUAUAUUAUUUUAUUAUAAACUUUAAAAAUAUUUAAAUUCACGAACUUAAGGAAUGUAAAAUACAAAAAAAAAUUAAUUGUUAGUUUUUGCAGUUAAAUGAUGAGUUUCGAGAAUUUAGCAUAAAACUUUAUUAACUGACAUUUUAUAAUUCAGUUCUGAAUUUUAAUUCCAAAUGUAAAUAAUUCUCAUUUAAAAUAUAUUAAAUACUUUUACCCAGAACAUUUAGUGCUUGUUAAUAUCAACACAAAUAUAUUUUCAUAUUGUAUCUUCUUUAUAUAUGAUGAAUAAAAUAUUUGUUUGUUUUAAACUGCUAUAGAAAGAUGCAAAUUAAAAAUGAUUUUUUUUUUUUUUUUGCAAAACGAACGUGGCAAAGGAAUCAGUAAGAAUACAUAAAAUUAUAGCCAAGGUUUGUCAACAUUCUUCAAUGAAUGUAUUUGCAUUGGGUUGCAGUUAAUAUCAUUUCCAUAUGCAGGCAAAUCGAAAUCACUAAAACUUACACCAAAUUCGUUUAAUUCCUCUUGUGAGGAUUUCGAUUUUUUCUAUGCUGUUUUAAAACUAAAUGAUCAAGAUGUGUGAUGUUCGGAAAAUUAUGAAUGCAGACGGAAUUGACAACGUAACUAAACAAUUUUUUGAUAAUUUUUAAUUUUAAAGAGGGGGGUAUUACAGUGUUGAAUAUGACACAAAUACGUUUGAUAAAUUAUGUUGAAUACAAUCAUCCAUGUCAAAGAACCCUUAAUAUUUUAAUUCAUGAUGGUAAAUAUGUUGUAAUGAAUAUGUAUUUUUAAAGUAUGAUAAUUCAAAACAUAACUAUUGGAUUUUGAGAAGGGUUUCGAUUUAACUCUUGGUGAUUAAAUUUUGAUCAUGGUUAGAUUUCCCAAAAUUGUCAUUACCUUUAUCGUAAUUUCUUGUUGCAUUAUAUCCCACACAUUGUUUAUCUCGUAAGGAUUAAAUUUAUUAUUUUAAUCAUUAAAAGACUUUUUAUUUU